AACGUGACAUCGCGUACGAGCCUUGUACGAGCCACGAGCGCACGGCUGGCUGGGCUACCUCGCAAGUGUUCUCCCUUGUGCGCGUGUCGCGUGCUCCCGUCCGACGGCGCUGCGUCCCUGUAUCGCGCUCACGGAACGUUUGUGUGUGCUACGCGUCCUUUUGAAGAAGAAGGCGAGACUUAUUCUUCCAACAAGUGCCCGAAUUCUUACCGGCGCGCCGGUCGAUUUUAAUUCGUUGUGCUGUUUCUAAGAGGAUUGUCCGUGUCGUAGUGCCACCUCCCAAGCUACCUGAUCGGAACUGCUGCACCUGCUCGGUGAGCGUCUGCGGGAACUGCUCUCGACGGGCUUAGGACGGCGCGUUCUCUGCUUGUCAAUUGUGCCGUUGGCUCGUUCUGAACUGAAAUUGCCGCAAUGGACCUCCGUGCCUCUGGAUACGUGUUUCCUUGGGACACGCCGCACUGCUUUCACCCAGCGACAGCCUCAGGGCCCGUGAGGAGCUGCGCCCCAGGAGCGUGAGCGUCACGGGCAGUCAUGGCGCCUGCCAAGAGCGGGUCCUCGAGCGCCACCAGCAUGGCGCACAGCAUGAUGAUGCCCCGCUGCACCAUGUCUAUCACCCGCACCAAGGGGCUACUCAACAUGCCGGGCCAGAACAACUGCUUCCUCAACAGCGCCGUACAGGUCUUGUGGCACUUGGAUAUAUUUCGAAGAAGCUUCAGAGACUUGAGCGGGCACAUCUGCAUGUCAGACUCGUGCAUCUUCUGUGCACUGAAGGAACUAUUUGCCCAGUUCCAGUACAGCCAAGAAUCUGCUCUUCCACCUGAUGCCCUACGGCGGGCAUUGGCAGAAACCUUCUUUGACCAGAGGAGAUUUCAACUGGGAUUUAUGGAUGAUGCUGCUGAAUGUUUUGAGAACAUUCUUCAACGAAUCCAUUUCCACAUUGCCAGUCAGGAGGUUGAAGAUAUGUGUAAUGUUGCCCACUGCAUUCCUCACCAGAAGUUUGCUAUGACCCUUGUUGAGCAGACUGUAUGUCAUGUUUGUGGAGCAUCAUCAGAGCCUUUGCCAUUUACGCAGAUGGUUCACUACGUAUCUGCCUCUGCUUUAUGCUUGCAGGCAUCAAUUGUACAUAGUAAGGAGCAAAAGCCAGUGUCCUUUGGCGAGCUGCUGCGAAGAGCAGGAGGAAUGGGUGAUAUCAGAGACUGCCCAAGCUCAUGUGGUGCCAAAAUCCAGAUAUGCAAGACUCUUAUGAACAGACCGGACAUAGUGAGUCUUGGUCUGGUUUGGGAUUCUGAGAGACCAAGUGUAGACCACAUUGUAGAUGUUCUCGACAGCAUUGGGAUGACUGUAAAUAUGGAUGAGAUGUUUCAUAAAGUUGUGGACACCCGGUGGGCCAGUACAGUUACUCACCACCUUGUGGGCAUAGUGACCUACUAUGGCAAACAUUACUCUACAUUCUUCUUCCACACAAAGCUGUGUGUAUGGAUAUACUUUGAUGAUGCCACCGUGAGAGAGAUUGGCCCCCACUGGCAGCAGGUGGUGGACAAAUGUCACAGAGGGCACUUUCAGCCCCUACUCCUGCUUUAUGCAAACCCUAAUGGAACUCCCGUGUCAACAGCCACUGCACCAACUUCUGUGAUACAUUACAUAUCUGAACACAAAAAAAAACAGAUGGACCUGAAGCGAUCAAUGAGUGAAAAGCACAGGUAUGGGCAGCAAAAUGGAAAAAAGAGUGAACACCUGCCUGCAGGAAUGCAUAUUGCCGGUGAUGUGCCAUGGAGCCGCGGCAACUACCUGAGCAGCAAAAAAGGCAUCAGCAUGGGAGGCCGCUCAGCAAUGCAGGAGCCUUUGCCCAUCUUGGACAUGGCUUUUGCUCACUGUGCAAAACCGAGGGCAAGGACUUACUCAGACACGUCCAUCAUGUCAGAACGCCCCUAUGAGCCACAUGGCAGUGGGUCAGACCUAGAAGCUCAGCACACAAUGGAGGGUGUGCGCCAUAUGGCCAAACAGGCAGGAAGGGAUAGCACCUUGGAUGCAGACAUCAACAGCACAUAUAUCAGCAGGCAGGCAGUGGAGAGCGUACUGAGCCUUCAACACUUGCAGAGGCAACGAGCCCUCCUUGGGGCAAGCACAUCAGUUGUACCUGGCAGCCGCAAUAGCAGCAGCAGUCUUGAAUCAUUUGAAAACUCACUGCACAUGAGGGAGAAGGCAUCGGACUGCAUUGAUGGCACAUGCCGUAGGAGAGAUUCUGGAAACUGGAGUGGAGAUAGAAACAGUGCCAGUUCAGCUAGCAGCACUUCUCUGGAUGGGCCUUACUACUGUGCUUCAGGUGUAAGGAGAGCUUGUGGAAGCCCUGGCAGGGCAGUGAACAACUUUUCAAAGCACGAGUAUUCCAACAUUGGGAUGCUUGUGGACAAAGGCUACGACUCUUACUCCCUGUCAAGCACAGACAGCUACCCAUCUGCAGGAAUGCCUGGGUCUCCAGCCAAGGCAGACCCACGCCUGCAACAAAUACCAGAAGCUGUGCACAUUUCCAACAGGCUUGAGCGGGCCAUUCACCACUCUCUGCUGCAAGGAAGCGACUCAGCCUCGGACUCCGUUUUUGAUGAUGUCUUCAUGAGUGGGAAAGGAGAGGAAGAAUCACAAGACUGUGAGAAGCUGUGCUCGCAAGCUGAGGUUUGCUUGAAGAUGUCAUAUGAAAAAGAGCAAACAGGAGACCUUAAGAUGGCCAUUUUCUUUAGUGAUUCAGCAGCAGCCAAAGCGAGAGCUGCCAUGGAUGCUCCUUAUGGCAAUGCCCAGUCACUGAUUGCAGCAAAGAUGAAGCACAGCAUGAGUGUGAUGCGCUCAUCCAACCUGUCCAAGCGAUUGAAAGAAGCAGAAGAACGCCGCCGGGGGAAGGAGCCCAACGGCUAUGAUGCUCACCACAGCCGCCAAGGGAGCAGAGAUAGCACACACAGCCGUCACACUCGCCAGGGCAGCAGAGACAGUGCAUGCACUGUCAUUGAUCUGUCAGAGCCAGUGAAAAGCAUAGAAAUAUAUGCAACUCUGCCCAAAAAGAGCUCCAAAAAGAAAAGUGGUGCACUGUUUUCUCACUCCUCUCUUCGUCUCAAAGAUGAUGUGGAAGUCUACAAGGAUUUUCUUGCAGACCGGUGGCACACCAGCAGUCAGGAUGAUUCAGCCAUUAAAAUAAUGUCUGAUGGAGAGUACACACUCAAUCCUAAGACUAAGAUGAGAAAUGGAGUGGGCAGCCUUAGUGAGACCAAUGGUGCAAAGAUGAAAGACCCUGAAUUCAGUGAUUAUUCUAGUGAGUGGGAGCAGUCCAAGAAGCCUUCCCUACACCGAACGCUCUCCAACCCAACAGGCAUGAAGAACCAUGAUGCUGAUGAUGCCAACAAUGUUUCAGCUUCAAUGAAGAAGCAGCACAGGAUUCGGAGAAAGUUGAUGGGUGGUUUCAUGCGUCGCAAAAACAGGAGUCUGCCUGACCUGCGCGAAGGCAAAGAUGCACCACAGACUGAAUCAAGAGCACUUGAUGACAAUGUCAUUUUUGAUGCUAAAAAUGAGCGUGGCAUGAAACAAGAGUCCUCUAAUGAAGAUGAGACUCGGGAAGAUCAUUCUGCCACAAUCAAACGCCGUGGCUUCCACCAGCCUCACAGGGCCUUUGUUAACAGAAACUAUGCACAGCGACCACUUUUAACCAAGGUUGACCCUCCCCAAGUUGAUGGGGUGACCUCUUCUACCUCACUACAUCAGAGGAGCACUGCUUGUGAGCAGCAAGAAGAUUCAGCUAAACUGGCAUCAUGUUGGCCACAGCCACGACAGCAGCCAUCUGAAAGUGCAAUCUCUUCUACGACACUGCACCAGAGGAAUGCUGCUUUUGAGCAGCAGGACAGUUCAGCUAAACAAGCACCUUGUUGGCCACAGACACGACAGCAACCAUCCGAAAUGUUUGGAAACAAAACAAUGGGAGUUGACGUGGGAAGUUUCAGUGAUCCCCUUAUGCCAAGUCCGGCUCUAAGCCUUUCCAAGGGCUUGACCACAAACCAAGGCACAGUAUUGGAACCAAACAGUUUCUUAAAAGAGCUACACAACAAGAGAACACAAAUCUUGAAAUCCCUGCCCAAAUCACCCGACAAUAUUCGAAACCAGGGCGGUGAGUCAGCAGUGCAAGUGAAGCUGGAGCAGCAUUCCAGUCCUGCACCAAGUGGAAAUAGCUGGUUGUGUGAACUUCAGUCAAAACAGAUGGCGAUGCUCAAGAAAGGGGACCGUGUGGAUGAUGUGAAGACUUCAUGUGACAAAGAUUUGAUACUUUCUGGAAAAGAGGAAGCUCUACGACAGCCACUGAUGCUUUCAGCUCCCCAAGUUGCCAACAAACAUGCAUAUCCUGCUGACAACCAAGCCACACAAGCUUUUAAUGGAUCUCUCCAAAGUUCCGGCGAGCAGUAUAAUGAAAGUGCAGAAGAGCAGGAGGAUAUAAAGCCCAAGUCUGUCAAAGACCUUGCAUUAAAAUUUGAAAAGAUCCUGCGUCCAGCUAUACCGGAUCAAGAAGUGUCAACUGUGCAUGAAGAGUCACAACUGGCUGCUGUCAAGGAGCCUUCCUUGAUUGCCAACAAGAGUGCUCCAGCUCCAGCAGGAAACUUGGUUAUGCCUAGAGAUUCUAGUUGUGAAUCACAACCAAUGAGCACCUCAGCUUUGGCAAUGCGCAAUGAAAAAACAAAUGCCUCAACAAGUCUGCAGGCAGGCUCAGAGAACACGUCUCAGGGUCGACCUUUUGGUGCGGCACAUGUCCCACAGCCAACCACUGUUCCAUGCCAUAGAACAGCGAAUCCUGCAAUCCAUUCACAACCAAUGGCUCCAGCUGGGCAGACCUUCCUGCCACAUAACCUUGCCACACCACCUUGCUCUAGUGGUAGCUUUCCACCAGCCUACCAAGCUCCAUCACCUUCGACACACUGUACCAUAAACUCUGCUCGCCACCAUGCUUCAUACACUCGACCAUUUGUUCCACAGUCAUCAUUCCAGAGCACGUCACCUGUCAUGGGCACGAUGCAUGGCUCGGGCAACCAUCUGGCACCCAGCCAUGGAGAAGCCAAUCUUUUGGCAUCCAGCCUUGGGGUAUCCAGCCAUGGUGCAUCCAGCAGUGCAGGUGCCAGCUAUGUACCAGCCAGCUAUGAACAGAAACCAAGUCAUGUCAAGCCUCCAGCAGCACAGCAGCAGUAUGGGAAGGCUUUCCAGUAUGCCAAACCUGAUCCUGCAGAGACAAGAUCAUUUGCUGCUACUAGGGGACCUCCAGCAGUCCCAGUAGUCAGUGAAGCGAUGCUGCAUAGCACAUCCUCCAACAGCGACUCAUCAAAGCGGCCAACAAGACCUCCUGAUUAUGAGACUGCAUUGCAGCGACUCGAAAUGAUAAAGGAGCAACAACGCACAACGUCCCCUGACAGCUUUCAGUUCCCUACUAAGACACCACCAGAUGUGCUUCAAGGUCAGCAGCUACCUCAACCAGAAGUGGAGCUUGGCAAGAAGCGCAAGACUGCCCUGAAAAAGUGUGUAACUUUUUCGGAUGAAGUGGUUUUAGUAGCUUGUGCAGAGGAAGAGGAGGAUGACUAUGUACCCAACCCACUUCUCGAAAGGGUUUAUCGGCAGCAUGCAGCGAAGCAGGACUCCAGAGAGUGCCAUGAGCCUUCACAGUUCGAGGACAUCAGCUCUGUUCACUCAUCUGACUCAUGUGAUAGUGUUUGCCAUGUGGACGCUGUUGUCAAGCCUCAUGAUGGCUCUCAAGUUCCUUGCAAUCUGUGUCACAAGAAGUUUGUGUCUCCUCCGACAGUGUACUGCCCUGAUUGUGCCUUUUACAUGUCAAGGUUUCAAAAACGGACAUAGCCCUUUUUUUUUCUGGACAUUCUCUUCCGGAUUUCCGUCCAGUCUGUGAUAUUUGUCAGGGUUAACUUGGUGAAAUGCCACUUGCUUAAGCAUGUUGUACUUUUGCACUGUUAGUUCUACAAUACAAACUGAAGUUAUAUCUUAGCCAACAUGUGGCAAGUGGCUUUACCUUCCACAAAAUUAAGGUUGUGUACAGAUGCCAAGCAAAUAAUGGCAUCUUGAGUAUUAUAUCUGCUGUUAUGUUUUUCAUUGAAUUCUCAAGAUGUGUGCCCAGUAUUGACUAUACUGUAUAACAAUCAGAUAAAAGUAGCACAAGUUGUUAUUAUAUGAUGAUUUAAUGCGUGACUGUACUUGUUCAUAUGCUGUGUACAUUUGUUUAUAAGGCAUAACAAAUGUUAUUUCACAACAAAGGCAGAAUCACUGUUUGCCUGUUGUGUACCUUGUGUUCAGAAACAUAGCUAUUUAUACGACUGAAUGAGCAGUACCUUGAACAAUUUGUGAUAAUUUGAACGUUUUUAUGUAUCAAAUGCUUCUGUAUUGUACAGUAUUAGUUACAUGAAAGACACCUAUGCCUCAUGAUCUCAAUUCCCUUCAUUUGUCUUACUAAUAUAAUAGUGUUGUAGCAUACAGAUGUUGAGUAGAACAAGUAGUGCUUGUAAAAAGAGCCUCACUGAAACUGUGAAAACUUCGUCUUGUAGCCUUGCUAUUGAGUGUAAUGUGCAUGCAGUCUUGACAUUAAAUAACAGAAAAGCUGCACUUUACAAAUACAAAAACUUUUUUUGGAGCUUUUAUGUGCCAAAGUUGAAAACAAUUUGUAAAUAAACAUUACUCUUCAUUGCA